GUCGUUUGAAGCAGCUGCUGCGCUGUGAGACGGCCCAGGGUGGACUUCGGCCCCUGUGUUUUCAGACCUGUCCCUGGGCUGCAGUCAGAAUGGCGGGCUGCGUCCAGCUGCUCCUGCUCCUCCUGGUCGUCCUGGUCCUCCACCCCGUGGAGCCCUCAGUCUUUCUUUCCCCCUCAAAAGCAAACAAAGUUCUGGUAAGAUGGAAGCGUGCUGGCUCCUACCUUUUGGAAGAGCUCUUUCAGGGAAAUUUGGAAAAAGAAUGUUACGAAGAGAUUUGUGGCUAUGAAGAAGCAAGAGAAGUGUUUGAAGAUGAUGUGAUCACUGAUGACUUUUGGAAAAAGUAUAUGGGUGGCUCCCCCUGCCUCUCCCAGCCCUGUCUCAACAACGGAUCGUGCCAUGACGACAUCCGCAGCUACACCUGCACUUGCUCCUCAGGCUACGAGGGCAGGGACUGCGCCUUUGCUAAAAAUGAAUGCCACCCAUUGAGGACCGAUGGAUGUCAGCACUUCUGCCACCCGGGAGAGAACUCCUACACGUGCAGCUGUGCAGAGGGGUAUAAACUGGGCCCCGACCACAAGUCAUGCAUCCCACACGAGAAGUGUGCGUGUGGAGCCCUGGGUUCUGUGUGCAUCAGGGCAACGCAGAAAACCAAGUGGAAUCUUCAGAUCUUCCCAUGGCAGGUAAAACUAACGGACUCCAAAGGCAGAGACUUCUGUGGUGGCGUUAUAAUACAGGAUAAUUUUGUGCUGACAACAGCCCAGUGUUCACUGUCAUACAGAAAUAUCAGCGUAAAAACAUAUUUUCACAGGACAGGCAAGGACCCCCUGACGAUAAAGGUGAAGCACAUCCAUGUGCACAUGAGGUACGAUGAAGAGACAGGGGACAAUGACCUCUCACUGUUGGAGCUGGAGCUGCCCGUCCAGUGCCCAGACUUGGGGCUCCCCAUCUGUAUGCCCGAGAGUGACUUCGCAGAGGGCAACCUCAUCCCCAGGACACGCGGCCUCCUCGUUGGCUGGACGCUCAACGGCUCCAAGCUGGGCGACGCUCUGAUGCAGCUGCCAGUCACCUACAUGGACAGCGAAGAGUGUGGCGCAGCCCUCAACGUGACAGUCACGACGAGGACAUACUGCGAGAGAGGAGCAGCGGCUGGAGGGGUGCAGUGGGUGGAGGGCAGCGUGGUCGUCCGAGAGCACAAGGGCACCUGGUUUCUGACAGGGAUUCUGAGCUCAGCACCCACAGAAGAGGAUGCACGGGAGUUUCUCCUCACCAAGGUUUCAAGAUAUUCACUCUGGUUCAGACAAGUCAUGAAGUAACUGCACCCCGCUAAUCAGAAAGCACAGUAUGUGGUGGGAUUGCCCAUGGAGUUGAAAUCUCACAGCAAAACGGUGUGACUGCCUCAGCACGACUGUGUCUACAGACCACUGGUUACUGCUUACGACUUGACUUUCAGCCGGUGCCCCACAGGGAUUUUUAAAGCGUGCAGUACCUGGCUGUUUGGUCAGGGGCACUGACCUCUUUCCCCUUAGACUGUUAAAUAAAAAAAUGUCAUCAGCAACAAAACAGCAGCCAUCUUGUGUGAAUGAAUC